AUGGAUUUCUUCAAAAAGAUCGGCGAGCAUGUUGAGAAUGCUCUGAAAAAAGACGAUGACGAUGAUGAGCAGCAGCAGCAGCAGCAUUCUCAAUCCCAGUCUCAUGGGGGGCAAAGCCAGCAAUCUUAUGGACAGUCCAGCUAUGGAGGACAGACCCAGCAGUCAUAUGGACAGUCCAGCUACGGAGGCCAAGGCCAGUACGGCGGUGGUCAGUCGUAUGGUCAAUCUCAAGGCUACAACGAACCACAAGGCCACGGUUAUUCACAAAGCCAGAGCCAAUAUGGGCAAUCUCACGGCGGCUACGGAAACCAAAGCCAGUCCCAGGGAGGCUACAACAGGCCCGAGAGCAGUGGUCGCCCACAAGAAGAGGACAAGCCUAACCAAGACAGCUCACACGACGCUGCCGCCCAGUACCUUCAGAGACAACAAGCUAUUAAUCGCUACCGUUCAUUUGCCGGGGAGUCUACGGGAAAUGUGAAGUGGUAUGUUGAUGGUGCCUCGUACUUCUGGGCUGUCUCCCAGGCUAUCGAACAGGCCCAAGAAAGCAUCUACAUCCUUGAUUGGUGGUUGAGUCCUGAGUUGUAUCUUCGUCGUCCCCCAGCCAAAAACGAACAAUACCGUCUGGAUCGCAUGCUGAAGGCCGCCGCAGAACGAGGCGUGAAAAUCUAUAUCAUCGUGUAUAAGGAAGUGAGCGCUGCCUUGACGUUAGACAGCUCUCAUACGAGGACUGCUCUUGAGGCACUUCAUGAGAACAUUCGCGUCUUCAGACAUCCGGAUCACUAUCCCACAGGCUACGACUUCCAACGCGAAUUGGGCAAGUCAGUAAAAGCCCUGACUAGUUUCGACUUGUUCAAGGCUUCAGGAGAUGCUCUCAAGUCUGUUUACGGUACUGCUGGCGAUGUUGUGCUGUAUUGGGCGCACCACGAGAAGCUCCUGGUCAUCGACAACGGAAAGAUAGGGUUUAUGGGAGGACUGGAUAUGUGCUUUGGUAGAUGGGAUACAAGCAGCCACCCCAUUGCUGACGCCCACCCGGGUAACCUGGAUGAAAUCAUCUUCCCAGGACAAGACUACAAUAAUGCUAGGGUGUAUGAUUUCGCCAAUGUGAAGGAUUGGGAUCAGAACCAGCUUGAUCGUACUAAAAGCUCACGUAUGGGUUGGUCGGAUGUCACUCUAAGCAUGAAUGGCCCCAUCACUCGUGACAUGGUUGACCACUUUGUUGAUCGAUGGAACUUUAUCUUCAAAGACAAGUACAAAAAGAAGAACCCUGGAAAGUAUCAUGCACUCGAACUUCCUCCACGAGGUCCUUCUGGUGGUGGAGAUAGACGAUCCAGAGGUGAAGAUGACCACUUGGGUGGUUUGACUGAGCAAUUCAGCCGCGGUAUGAACAGACUCAGGUCAUUUGGAGAACAUGAUGCUCCACGACACAGUGACCGCGAACACGGCUCUCGAGGUGGCAAUAUGCCUCACAUUCAAAUGAUUCGAAGCUGUGCUGAGUGGUCAUCCGGCCAUCCGAUUGAGCGUUCUAUCCAAACUGCCUACAUCCAGUCGAUCAACGAUGCCAAGUAUUUCAUUUACAUUGAGAAUCAGUUCUUCAUUACUGCUACCGACGAGAAGCAAAGGGUUGUUAAGAACAAGAUCGGUGCUGCAUUGGUAGACCGCAUCAUUCGUGCCGAUCAUGAAGGCCAGCCAUUUCACGUCUGGGUUCUUAUGCCCGCAGUCCCAGCAUUCGCUGGUGAUCUUCACGACGACGGCGCUUUAGGAACCCGAGCUAUUAUGGAGUUCCAGUAUGACUCUAUCAACCGUGGUGGCUACAGUAUCAUUGAGAAGCUUCUUAAGGCGGGCAUCCGUGAUCCUAGCAGAUACAUCGGCUUCUACAACCUUCGCAAUUUUGAUCGCAUCAAUACUUCAAGGACAAUGGCCGAAGCAGAAGCCCGCACUGGCGUCUCUUAUGAAGAUGCUCGAAAGCAGAAAGAUCGUGAACUGGGCGGUUACCCAGACCAUAGCUCUGAAAGGGCGGCGCAUGAGGAAUACCAAGGGAGUCGCGGCGAUUUCUCUAGUCCUCGCCAAGGUGGCGGAUACCAAAGCCGAGAGUACGGAGGCCGUUCUGAGCGAGACGAGUACCACCAGGAAUCUCAACGUGGUUACGGUGGCAGUAGAAGACAGGACGACGAUCACCGCGGAGGACACUCGGACUCCAGGUACGGCAGACGCGGUAGUGAUAGCGAUGAUGAUCGCCGGGGAGAUUACAACCGUGGAGGACAAUCUGGCUACCGUGGAGGCAACAGGAGAGGCAGCGAUAGCGAUGAUGACCGACGAGGAGAUUACAACCGUGGAGGAAACAGGCGAGGCAGCGAUGGUGAUGAUGACCGACGUCGUGAUAACUAUGGCCAACCUCAGAGGGAUCCUUACGGGCAUCCACGAGCUGACCCACGCUUUGCAAGACAAGGAGGUUAUUCUCAACAUGACUCCGAGUCCAAGUACAACAGACGCGAUGAUGACAGCGAUGAUGAAAAGAGAGGGGGCAAUUAUGGAAGACAGCCUCAGCCUGAUCCUUAUGGCCACCCUGGAGCCGAUCCUCGUUUCGCAAGGCCACAAGGAGGCUACUCGCAACAGGGCUACGGUGGACGUGAUGAGUAUCAAGGUGGUUACUCGCAGCAAAGCCAAGGAGGUCGUUCUGACUACGACCGACCGCAGAGUCAGGAACAUCAAGGACAAGGACGCUACUCUGGCUCUUCAGGCCACGACAAGAGACCUCAGCAACAAUCUUACCAGCAAUAUCAGCAAGGGGCAAACCAAGUGGCGGACCGCACUCUUGAUACCAUCAGUGCUUGCUACAUGGACCAAGGCCCUCGAGUCACCGAUCUUCGCUGGGAAGGUAACCCCGAAGAUGAAAUCAACGCUUUUGUUUCCGAGGAGUUGUACAUUCACAGCAAAUUGCUCAUCGUCGACGACCGCCUUGUAAUCUGUGGUUCAGCCAACUUGAACGAUCGUUCCCAGCUCGGAGACCAUGACUCUGAAAUCGCCGUCGUUAUCGAGGAUCCCACUCCUUGCGAGUCUUAUAUGAAUGGACGUCCGUACACAGCCUCUCGCUUCGCCGCUUCCCUGCGUCGAUACCUCUUCCGCAAGCAUCUCGGCCUCAUCCCCAACCAGCGCUGGGACCAGCCUGAUCAAAACUGGACGCCUGUUGAUCGCGACCCCAACAGCUACGACUGGGGUUCCCCGGCCGAUCUCCUCGUCCGUGAUCCUCUGCAUCCAGACUUCCACCGUCUCUGGACCAAUACAGCUCGCGUCAAUACCGAGACAUUCGACCGGGCAUUCCACCCUGUUCCCACUAACAAGGUUAGGACGUGGAAGGACUACGACUCCUUCUUCACUCAGUACUUUAUCAUCCCGGGCAAGAAGGACCAGGAUGUUAAGGCGGAGAUGAAGAAGGGCAAGGUCGAGUACGGCCAUAUCGUACAGUCCGAGUUCCCUGGUGGUGUACAAGAAGUGAAGCAAUGGCUUUCGCGCAUUCGCGGCACGCUUGUUGAAAUGCCUCUUGAUUUCUUGGUCGAUGCUGGAGAUAUUGCAAAGGAAGGUUUGGCGCUCAACAGUCUCACGGAUGUGCUUUACACUUAA